AUGAAGGCUUCAGUCAAAGGCAAGUAUGAUGGCGACAAGAGCACCGGAGUUGGCUCACUCUCCUUCAACGCCGGAGAUUUUAAGCUACGCGUCACCAUGACCGAUGCUACCCUCGUCACUGGUCCUACCUUGAACGGCCUCUCUGUCGCCGCGGAGAAGCCUGGUUUCUUUAUGGUCGAGUAUAACGUCCCUAAGAAAGAUGUUAGGUUUCAGUUCAUGAACAAAGUGAGGAUUGCUGAGAAGCCAUUGAAUCUGACUUACAUUCAUAGCAGAGCUGAUCACAGAACAGUAGUCGAUGGGAGACUUUUGAUUGAUCCUGCUAACAAACUCUCGGUUAAUCACAUGGUAGGAACAAACAACUGUAAGCUUAUGUAUACUUAUGCUGAGGGGAAGAUUGCUACGUUCGAGCCGUGCUACGACUUUGCCAAAAACGCCUGGGAUUUUGCGGUUUCUCGGAGAGUUUAUGGUGAUGAUGUUCUCAAGGCUACUUUCAGACCUCUAGUAGGUUGCUUGGUAUGGAGUGGUCAAGGACCUCCAAAUCAAUUGGAUCUUUCAAGGUAUGUACGUCUAUGA